AUAAGAAAAAGCCGAAAUAAAGUAUCUACUGCUUUAUUAUUAUUAUUAUUAUAUAUAUUUCUGUUGAAAAAGUAAAACCAUAAUAACAGAUACAAAAUAGAGAUAAAAAAAAAAAAAGAACCUCCUCAUUAAUUCAACAAAAAACUUUAUUAUCAGCUCAUCUUUUACGCGCUCACACUAAAACAACCAGAACCGAAGAAUCUUCCCUUUUUGUUCCGAUCUCACCAUGAGCUCCGGUACUUCCUCCGCCGGUGGCGAACGAGGACCUCCACCGCCUUCAUCCGACAAGCAAAAAGAGAAGGCGAGAGUGAGCAGGACGUCAAUGAUACUGUGGCACGCUCACCAGAACGACGCUGCGGCUGUAAGGAAACUUCUAGAGGAAGAUAGAUCUCUAGUUCGCGCUAGAGAUUAUGAUAGUCGAACUCCUCUUCAUGUUGCUUCUCUUCAUGGUUGGAUCGAUGUUGCUAAGUGUUUGAUUGAGUUUGGCGCUGAUGUCAACGCCCAGGAUCGCUGGAAAAAUACGCCAUUAGCUGAUGCAGAAGGAGCUAAGAAACAUAAUAUGAUUGAGCUUCUAAAAUCAUAUGGUGGCUUGUCUUAUGGGCAAAAUGGAAGCCAUUUUGAACCAAAACCUGUUCCACCACCUCUACCAAACAAAUGUGAUUGGGAAAUUGACCCGUCAGAGCUCGACUUCUCAAAUUCAGCAAUUAUUGGAAAGGGAUCUUUUGGCGAGAUCUUGAAAGCCUAUUGGCGUGGAACACCAGUAGCUGUUAAACGCAUCCUUCCAUCACUUUCGGAUGACAGAUUGGUGAUCCAGGACUUCAGGCAUGAGGUUAAUUUGCUAGUGAAGCUUCGCCACCCCAAUAUAGUCCAAUUUCUAGGAGCUGUCACUGAGAAGAAGCCCCUUAUGUUGAUUACAGAGUAUUUACGAGGGGGGGAUCUGCAUCAGUACCUGAAGGAAAAGGGUGCACUUAGUCCUUCAACAGCCAUCAACUUUGCUCUGGAUAUUGCCAGAGGCAUGGCUUAUCUUCACAAUGAGCCAAAUGUCAUCAUUCACAGAGACCUAAAACCAAGGAAUGUUCUUUUAGUCAACUCCAAUGCUGAUCAUUUGAAAGUUGGAGAUUUUGGAUUAAGCAAGCUCAUCAAGGUUCAGAAUUCUCAUGACGUAUACAAAAUGACUGGCGAGACGGGGAGCUACCGAUACAUGGCUCCUGAAGUUUUCAAGCACCGGAAAUAUGAUAAGAAGGUUGAUGUUUUCUCUUUUGCAAUGAUCCUCUAUGAGAUGCUUGAAGGGGAACCCCCACUUGCAAAUUAUGAGCCUUAUGAAGCAGCCAAAUUUGUGGCAGAGGGGCACAGGCCAACAUUUCAUGCCAAAGGAUUUACCAUUGAACUUAGGGAAUUAACAGAUCAGUGUUGGGCUGCUGACAUGAACAGAAGACCUUCUUUUCUAGAAAUCCUCAAGAGACUUGAAAAGAUCAAGGAAGUCUUACCUGCAGAUCAUCAUUGGAGCUUAUUCAAUGCAUAAUACAGCGCAAUGACAUGGCCAAAUAUAUAGAUCUGCAGUGCAUGCCUGUCAUUUCCUUUUUUCCGCAAUUGUGCAGAUGCUGCUGUGAAUAGAUUUGACUCAGAAAGAUUGUGAGAUACCACUGUUACUGGUUUCCACUAAAUGGAUCCGAUUUUUAGCAGGGUCAGUGUAGGGGUUCACUGGCCUUUUCUUAUUGAUAUUAAGCAGUCAGCCAAGAUGUCAUUCAAUUAGCUUGCAUAAGUUCGUUAUCUGACCCGGAUAUUCUCCUUUGCUAUCCAAUUGUAAUUUGUUGUGGACUGUGAGUAGGAAAGAACCCAGCAAUAUGAUAUUUCCCAUCCUUUGAAAGUCCUAAGUGUCUAUACUAUCUUGUUGCUAGACGUCUUGAUCUUCCUAUCAUCAAGUUGUUGAUUAUUUUUUAUUGGAUAUUGUAAGCGUUAAUCAAUUCAUGCAUGUGUAAUAAAUUCUAUAAUCUGCCUCA